UCACAGCACCGAGGACACUCAUGUAAACAGACGAGGUGUGUGGUUCCAUCACACACAGAUCAACAGAUUGACGCUCUUCAGAAUCUUCCGGGUCGUGAUGUUUCUCCUGCUGCUCAUUGGACUGAUCAGCACCACUGGGCCUACAGUGUCUGCAGCUGAGCUGUUUGUGCUGGAGGGAGCAUCAGUCACUCUGAAUGCAACAGGACAUGAAGACAAGACCGGCUUAAAAUUCAUAACAUGGAAGUUUCACAAGAGACCUGUUGUUGUGUAUACCCAUAAAUACAAUGAUGCAGAUGUUAGAGAUCCCUUCAAAGGCCGAGCAGAGUUUGAUGUGAGCACCUUCUCUCUGCUGCUGAAGAAUCUGCAGAGGAGUGACUCUGGGCUCUACACAGCAGUGUGGGAUGCUGGGGAAACAGAGGAUGUUGCUGAAUACGAACUUUCUGUCCUGGAGCCUGCAGCAGCCCCCACUCUGACUGUGGUGUCUAACUGGUCCAGCAGUGACUCCUGUAAUGUGACUCUAGAGUGCACAGGACUCAACGUGUCUCUGAUCUCCAGCUGUAACGGCACCUUCUGCUCUCAGGAGGGAGGAGACACAUCCCUCUCCAUCUCUCUCAACCACAACACCGUCUCCUGUAACCAUAGCAACCCUGUUAGCUGGAGGCACACCACCUUGGACCUUAAGCCAUUGUGUUUCGCUAUGAGCCUUAAGAAAGGUGAUUUGGCGCCCUCUGCUGGAAUGUCUCCAUGUCUGCUGAAGACCCUGCUGGUGACUGUAGUCCUAAUCGCCAUGGUUACUGCUGUCAUUACUGUUCACAUCAGACAGAAAGUGGACAAAGCCAAAUGAGUGUGCUCAAACACAAGGACAGCUCCUUCCUCCAAAACAACAUGGGAACAGUCGACUUGUAACUUAUAGUGAUUGUAUGGUAGAGAUUUCUAUCCGGGAUACAUGAUGCUGUUUUUUUGCAUUAGUUUCAUAAUAGUAUCUCUUUAAAGAUGUUCUGAAGACCAAAUUAAAUUAGCCUAGUAGAAGUAGUAUAAUAUAAAUUCAGCCUCUAAAUGAGGUGUGCCGUUUAACAUGUUAUGAUAAUAUAAGAACCUGUAUCGUACAGUGUUGUCCUGCUACAAUAAAUUAAAGGGAGAAGACACAAGAAAUCAAACCAUAAAAACAGAAUAAAUGGUGUUCAUUAAGUGUCUUACUGAAUGUAUAACAUCUCAGAAUGU